CGCAGCGCCCCGAUUUUUGUUGACCUCCCGACGAAACGAGGCACCGCGAAAAGCUCACCAUUCUUCCACCGAUCCUCGAACCCCAGGAAGGACACCAAGAUGGCUGAGCAACUCAUCCUCAAGGGCACCCUGGAGGGCCACAAUGGCUGGGUCACCAGCUUGGCCACGUCGAUGGAGAACCCGAACAUGCUCCUGUCCGGCAGCCGAGACAAGACCCUGAUCAUCUGGAACCUCACCCGCGAUGAGACCCAGUACGGCUACCCUAAGCGGUCGCUCCACGGCCACUCCCACAUCGUCUCCGACUGCGUGAUCUCGUCGGACGGCGCCUACGCCCUCUCCGCUUCCUGGGACAAGACCCUCCGCCUGUGGGAGCUCUCGACCGGCACCACCACCCGCCGCUUCGUCGGCCACACCAACGACGUCCUCUCGGUCUCUUUCUCCGCCGACAACCGCCAGAUCGUCUCCGGCUCUCGCGACCGGACGAUCAAGCUCUGGAACACCCUCGGCGACUGCAAGUACACCAUCACCGACAAGGGCCACACCGAGUGGGUGUCCUGCGUGCGCUUCUCGCCCAACCCGCAGAACCCGGUGAUUGUUUCGUCCGGCUGGGACAAGCUGGUCAAGGUCUGGGAGCUUUCUAGCUGCAAGCUGCAGACCGAUCACAUUGGCCACACCGGCUACAUCAACACUGUCACCAUCUCCCCCGAUGGAUCUCUGUGCGCGUCCGGUGGCAAGGACGGUACGACGAUGCUGUGGGAUCUUAAUGAGAGCAAGCACCUGUACUCGCUCAACGCCAACGACGAGAUCCACGCCCUUGUCUUCUCCCCCAACCGGUAUUGGCUGUGCGCUGCUACUGCCAGCAGCAUCAUCAUCUUCGACCUGGAGAAGAAGAGCAAGGUCGACGAGCUCAAGCCCGAGUUCCAGAACGUCGGCAAGAAGAGCCGCGAGCCCGAGUGCGUCAGCCUGGCGUGGAGCGCCGACGGCCAGACCCUCUUCGCCGGCUACACCGACAACAUCAUCCGCGCCUGGGGUGUCAUGUCGAGGGCGUAAGAGGUGGGUGUCUCGG